UCUGCCAGUCAAUUGAAAGUUAGAUUGGAUUAGUAGCUCUGGAGGGUUGGUCAUGGAAUUAGCUCUUCAUGGCCUUGAUUGAUGUCUCCUUUGCUUUUUUGUAGUCUCAUACUUCUGGUAGUAACAUAAUUGACAAUUGAAUCAACCAGAAGGAUGAAGCAAACAAAUCUUGAAGCAGAAAAUAGCAGCACAAAAACAAAACCAUCGAUUCCCCCACCUCCGCCACUGCCACUUCCAAGAUUCUGGGUUCGAAAAACUGCCACUGUAAGUGUGACUAAACAAGAGAUUGCUAAGUUUUGGAGGCAGAAGCACCUUGAGGAAGAGGAUCACCUCCUUGCUGCUAUCAAGGCAGCAGCACGUGUCAGAGCUCGCAAUCUCACGGAAGAGGACUACAAGCAAUUUGAAGAGUCCUUGAAGGAUGAAAAUGGCACCAAGGAUGCUAAGGAGGGCAACACUAAUGGCACCCUCAUAACUACAAAAGAUGAAAACAAGAAGGAAGUGCGUGUUGGUAUAAAGGAUUGGUGGACCAAGAGCAAGUAUGCAUACUUGAACCAACCAGCCCUUGACUCAAUGGAUCCUGCAAAAAGAAGUUCCAACUAUGUUCCAAAUUGUUUCUCAUUUAAGCCCACUCCUCUCUAUCCGACCUCUCUUGGGGUCUUUUAGCCUCAUUUCAGUUGCUUCUAUACAUUAUGCUAUGAAGUUAAUGGGUUGAUUUGUGCUUUUUU